AUGGAGCGCUUAUUAUUGAAUCUGCUCGUGUCUGAUAAUGCCAUUAUACAACAGGCAACUGUGGAACUUAAAAAAGUUCUUCAGAAUUCAGACAAUAUACCAACUUUGUGCCAACUUAUAGUGACCUCGGCGAAUCCAGAGGUAAGGCAAUAUGCAGCUCUUAUUCUUAGAAGACGAUAUACUAAAGGAAAGAAUUGGAUAAAAUUAUCUGAACCUAUACGUAGCGAAGUUAAAAAAAUUAUUUUACAGGCUUUAGGAAACGAAUCAGUAAAGUCUGUUAGAACUAGUAUAGCUCAGUUAGUAGGUGUCAUUGUUAAGCAUGAAUUACCUACCAAUAGUUGGCCAGAAGUUAUACAUUACGUACAACAAUUAGUCAUUAGUGAAAAUAUGGAAAUUAAAGAGCUAGGCCUCCAUACUUUAUCGAUUAUGACAGAAGUUACACCAGAUGCCUACACUUCACAUGCUAGAUCUUUGGCGCUGCUUCUUGCUCAGACAUUGAAUAGUCUUCAGAAUUUGGGACAGCCAGUUGCUGUUUUUGUUUUGAAUACAAUGCGACAUCUUAUUCCUGUAGUUAAACACGAUGAAGUUAUUAUAAAUACUUAUGUUAAUAUGAUGCCUCGUGUAAUGGCCACAAUUCAGGCUUUAACUGAAGCGUAUCACGAAGACAUGGCUGUUCAAAGCUUUGAAUUGCUGGACGAAUUGUGUGAGAAUGUGAUUGCUGUGAUAACACCUCAUGUCAAAUCUCUUGUCAAUAUGUGCCUUGCAAUCAUCGCUAAUGAAUCUUUAGAUUAUCUCAUAAAAGUUAGAGCAAUUAGUUUUAUUGGCUGGCUAGCGAGGAUAAAGAAAAAGGCUCUUGUAAAGCAUAAAUUAGUGGAACCGAUCGUCGAUAUGUUAUUCGUAGUUAUGAAGACUCGGCCAGAUAAUGAUAGUGAUGAUGAUUAUAUAAAUACAGAAAGCGAGAAUACUGUUUUAACGAGUAGUACUCAGACCUUAGACUUACUCGCGUUGCACUUGCCACCAGAGAAAUUACUUCCACAUUUGUUACGACAUAUCGAACCCGGAUUUCAAAGCACAGACAUAUACAUGAAGAAGGCGUCGUAUGUAGCAAUAGCUGUAUUAGCGGAAGGUUGUGCCGAAUAUAUUCGUUCAAACUAUCUUGAGUUCUUCCUACGAUGUAUCUGUCAAGGAAUUACCGAUUCCUCACCUACAGUGCGCAACGCCGCGCUUUACGCCUUAGGACAAUUUUCCGAACACUUGCAACCAGAGAUUUCGCAAUACUCGUCCGAACUGUUACCUGUAUUAUUCGAAUAUCUAAAUCAGGUCUGUUUGUAUAUUAAACAAGAGAAAAAAGAACCGCAUGCGAUCGGCCGUAUGUUUUAUGCUCUUGAGAUGUUCUGCGAGAAUUUGCACGAAAGCAUCCUGCCAUAUUUACCCAAGCUCAUGGAGAGGCUACUCAAUAUCUUGAACGCGGAUACGUCGGCGAACGUGAAAGAAUUCACUCUAAGUGCCGUAGGUGCCGCCGCCUGUGCCAGCAAGGAGCAUAUGCUACCGUAUUUUGAAACAAUCAUCAACAUUCUUAAUGAUUAUCUUACCGCAGAAGCGACUACAGAGAACAUGUGUCUUAAAGUUCAAGCAGUUGAUACUCUCGGAGUAAUUGCUAGAUCGAUAGGUGAAAAACACUUUGCGCCAUUAGCGGAAACCUUCCUCAAUCUUGGAAUAAAAUUGCUAAGAAGUACAGACGAUCCAGACGUGCGGAAAUCUCUUUAUGGAUUGUUCGCCGCUAUUAGCACAGUAGUGAAGAAGGACAUGGCUAUAGUGUUACCAGAACUUGUCGAAUAUAUGAUAAUGAGUAUAACGAGUUCAGAUGGAAUUUUGAUGCACUUCAAAGAUGAGGCUAAUGCGCUUGCAGUUUACGAUGAUCUCAGCGAAACUGAAAAUGAAGAAGAAGAAGACAUUGACCACACCGAUAACGAAGACGAUGAUGAGGAUGUAGAAGGUUAUAGCGUUGAAAAUUCUUAUAUGGAAGAGAAAGAGGAAAGUGUAAUGGCCUUGAGAGAAAUCGCCGAAUACACAGAAGAGGCGUUCAUGCCGUAUCUCGAAAGAUGUUUUGAGGAGAUUUUUAAAUUGAUCAAUUACCCUCAAGAAGACAUACGUAAAGCGAGCAUAGAGGCUUUGUUACAAUUCUGUCUUAAUUUCUCGAAAAUCAAUACCGAUGAAGGCAGAAAAGCUUUGUUGAAAGCUCUUUCCAUGUUUAUCCCAAAAUUGUCGGAACUGAUAAGAUUAGAUGAAGAAACGCCGGUCGCCAUUUGCGGUUUAGAAGCAUAUAUGAAACUUUUAAAAGAAAUCAAAUCAGAUGUUAUCUUUGGUGUAGGUCAUAAAGAAGCUAUAGUAAAUUGCGUAGUUGAUGUGCUAACAGGCAGGACAGCAUGUCAAGACGAAGAGGAAGUCGAGGGCGCUGAUAUUGAAGCAGAACAAGAUGAAUUAUUAGUAGAAUGUGCGGGAACUACAUUAUCUAGUUUAGGAAGAGUGAUUCCGCCAGAAGACUUUGCGCUCUACUUUCAGACUGCGUUGCCUCUUCUCCUAAAAAGACUGAAAAUGGACAAUUCCGAGGCACAGAGAUCUUUUGCUGUUGGUACAAUCGCAGAAUGUUUCCCAGGACUGAAGCACAUGACAGCUAUGUUUAUCCAGCAAUUACUUUCGACUCUUCUACAAACUGGAACCCAAGAUCCCUGUGGUGAAGUUCGUAGUAAUUGCUUCUUUGGAAUUGGAGAACUGGUUUUUUAUGGGAAAGAAACAGUUUACCCACAUUAUCCUCAGAUUUUAGCAACUCUGUCAUGUGCAAUUGCAAAAGAAACAGAUGCGGCCGCACGUGAUAACGUGGUUGGAGCGAUUGCACGGCUUAUUAUCACAAAUUAUUCAAAUUUACCUCUCGAGCAAGUAUUUCCAGUUUUUGUUCAACAGUUACCUUUAAAAGCAGAUUUUCAGGAGCAUAAAGCUGUAUUUAGAAGUAUUCUUACAUUGUAUCAAGCCGGACUCGCUAUCCUACAAUCUCAUAUCCGUACAUUGUUGAAAGUUGCAGUUGUUAUAUUACACGAAGACAAAGCUAUGGACGAUGAAACACGAAAUCUUACCAUGGAAUUCAUCAAAUCUGCUCAACGAGAUUUUGUGGACGACUGGAAUGCAGUCUUCACCGAAUUGCCUCCAGGAGCUGUCGCAAAAAUUCAACGCAUGUUUUCUUAAUUUAAAGGAUUAAUUAUGCAAUUUAAAAUUGUGUAAGUUAAUUUAAGUAUCGAUUUACAAUGACUUCAUCGCAUCUCAUUUUAUAUCGUCAUUUUUUCUUUGCAAUUCGGAUUCUAUUGCGAAGUAAUAUAUAAUAAACUAGAUACGAAACGGUAAUAAAUAAUAAAUGCAAUUGAUUAAAUACAUGUUUCUAUUUAUUUUAUAGAUAAAUAUUUAUUAUUUUUUUCUGUUUCUUUUUUGUUUAUUAUAAUUUCUAUUUUGUUUCAAUAAAAAAUUUUUUUGGCUUUAUAUACACAGUUUUAGCCUGUUUUGUGACUCUGAUUCAAUAAAUGAAAUAAUUUAUGUUAUCUUAA